GUCAUCCCACCAAUCAAAAUUGAGAAAAUUUAGUCAUAAGACAAGUAGAUGAAAACCGUCAUUAAAUGAAAAAGAAUUUCCACCCCACUAUAUAUAGAAAUUAAAAUUUCAACUCUCCGAUCCAAACACUCCCCCUCUCCAGUAGAGUAGAUCCACCAGGUACAGCGACGAAAAGAAAUGAAAAUUAAGCGCAGUUGAAAUUCAUAUAUUCCGCAUCACAAUUUAUACCUGCAAUUCAUCAAGAGUUCUUCACGGAUCUAAAUCAGGAAAUGUUGACGAAGUUCGAGACGAAGAGUAAUAGAGUUAAAGGGCUGAGCUUCCACAGCAAGCGGCCAUGGAUCUUGGCGAGUCUGCACAGUGGCGUCAUCCAGCUCUGGGAUUACCGCAUGGGCACUCUCAUUGAUCGCUUCGACGAGCACGAUGGUCCCGUUCGUGGCGUUCAUUUCCAUAAAUCUCAGCCACUGUUCGUUUCUGGAGGUGAUGAUUACAAAAUCAAGGUGUGGAAUUACAAAUUGCACCGGUGUCUAUUUACUCUCCUUGGUCAUCUUGAUUACAUCCGCACAGUUCAGUUUCAUCAUGAAUAUCCCUGGAUUGUCAGUGCAAGUGAUGAUCAGACAAUUAGAAUAUGGAACUGGCAGUCUCGAACUUGCAUUUCGGUGUUGACAGGGCACAACCAUUAUGUUAUGUGUGCCUCAUUUCAUCCCAAAGAAGAUCUUGUUGUUUCAGCCUCUUUGGAUCAGACCGUCCGUGUUUGGGAUAUUGGUACCUUGAGGAAAAAAUCCACCGUGUCUCCUGCUGAUGACAUUCUACGACUGUCGCAAAUGAAUGCAGAUUUCUUUGGAGGGGUUGAUGCUGUUGUCAAGUAUGUCCUGGAAGGCCAUGAUCGAGGGGUUAACUGGGCUUCCUUUCACCCCACUCUCCCUUUGAUUGUUUCUGGUGCAGAUGAUCGCCAAGUUAAAAUCUGGCGUAUGAAUGAUACAAAGGCUUGGGAGGUAGACACGUUGAGAGGCCACAUGAACAAUGUGUCGUGUGUUCUGUUCCAUGCAAGGCAGGAUAUCAUUGUAUCGAAUUCCGAAGACAAGAGUAUUCGAGUUUGGGAUGCUACUAAAAGAACUGGCCUGCAGACUUUUCGUAGGGAGCAUGACAGGUUCUGGAUCCUUUCAGCCCAUCCUGAGAUGAACCUUCUGGCUGCUGGUCAUGACAGUGGAAUGAUUGUCUUUAAAUUGGAGAGAGAACGACCUGCCUUCUCUGUCAGUGCUGAUUCACUGUUCUAUGUCAAGGACAGGUUUUUACGUGUUUUUGAGUAUUCAACUCAAAAAGAUACUCAACUGAUCCCUAUACGCCGUCCUGGUUCUAAUAAUUUGAAUCAAGCACCUCGGAUACUUUCUUAUAGUCCCACUGAAAAUGCUGUUUUGGUCUGUUCAGACACAGAUGGGGGAUCAUAUGAACUCUACAUUAUCCCCAAGGAUAGCUAUGGAAGAGGUGAUGUAGUUCAAGAUGCAAAAAGGGGUACUGGGGGUUCAGCUGUUUUUAUUGCCCGAAAUAGGUUUGCCGUGCUUGAGAGAAGCACGAACCAAGUUCUGGUCAAGAACCUUAGAAAUGAAGUAGUGAAAAAGAGUGCUCUGCCCAUUGCUACUGAUGCAAUCUUCUAUGCGGGCACAGGAAAUUUGCUGUGCAGGUCAGACGACAAGAUAGUCAUAUUUGAUCUGCAACAAAGGAUUGUUCUCGGUGAUCUUCAGACAUCUUUUGUGAGAUAUGUGGUUUGGUCUUCGGAUAUGGAGAGUGUUGCUUUACUUAGCAAACACUCAAUAGUUAUUGCGGAUAAAAAGCUUGUUCACCGUUGCACCCUUCAUGAGACUAUUCGUGUAAAAAGUGGAGCUUGGGAUGAUAAUGGAGUCUUCAUCUACACAACUUUGACCCACAUCAAGUACUGCCUGCCGAAUGGGGACAGUGGAAUCAUCAAGACGCUUGAUGUCCCUGUGUACAUGACAAAGAUAUAUGGUAGCACAAUCUUUUGCUUGGACCGAGAUGGGAAAAGCCGUCCUAUAAUUAUUGAUUCUACAGAAUAUAUUUUUAAGCUAUCCCUGCUGCGAAAGAGGUAUGACCAAGUUAUGAGCAUGAUUAAGAAUUCUGAGUUAUGUGGACAGGCCAUGAUUGCUUAUCUGCAGCAGAAGGGCUUCCCGCAAGUUGCUCUUUAUUUUGUGAAAGAUGAGAGAACACGCUUUAACUUAGCCCUUGAAAGUGGUAAUAUUGAGAAGGCACUUGAAUCUGCCAAAAAGAUUGAUGAGAAAGAUUACUGGUACAGGCUUGGUGUGGAGGCUCUUCGGCAGGGUAAUGCUGGGAUAGUUGAAUACGCAUACCAAAAGACAAAGAACUUUGAGAGAUUGUCUUUCCAUUACCUGAUAACUGGUAAUCUGGACAAAUUGUCCAAAAUGAUGAAAAUUGCUGAAGUCAAGAAUGAAGUCAUGGGCCAGUUUCAUGAUGCACUCUAUCUUGGUGAUGUGAAGGAGCGUGUUAAGAUUUUGGAGAAUGCAGGUCACUUGCCUCUUGCAUAUAUCACAGCUUCACUCCAUGGGCUCCAUGAUAUUGCAGAGCAUCUUGCUUCUAAUCUGGGAGAGAAUCUUCCUUCUCUUCCAGAGGGGAAGAAAGCUUCACUUCUAAUACCUCCGAGUCCAGUGUUAUGUGCUGGAGAUUGGCCUUUGUUAAUGGUCAGUAAAGGCAUAUUUGAAGGUGGCCUUGAUGAGGCAGGUAGGGGUGUUGUUGAAGAUUAUGAAGAGGCAGUAGAUGCUGAUUGGGGUGAGGCUCUGGAUAUUGGUGAGGUGGAUGACAUGAAGAAUGGAGACAUUGGCAUGGUAGUGGAGGAAGAAGAUUUGCAUGAAGAGAAUGAUGAGGAGGGCGGGUGGGAUCUCGAAGAUCUUGAUCUGCCUCCGGAAACGCCAGAGGCAGCUACUAUUGCACGUUCGUCAGUGUUUGUUGCUCCCUCCCCUGGUAUGCCCGUGAGCCAGAUUUGGGUCCAGAGAUCAUCUCUAGCUGCUGAACAUGCAGCUGCUGGGAACUUUGACACAGCAAUGCGCUUAUUGCACCGGCAAUUGGGAAUAAGGAAUUUCUCCCCUCUGCGAUCACAAUUUAUUGAUCUUCACAUGGGCAGUCAUACCUAUUUACCUGGUUGUACCUCGGCACCGGUGGUAUCUGUUGCAGUAGAAAGGGGUUGGAGUGAGUCAGCAAGUCCAAAUGUCCGAGGACCUCCUGCACUUGUGUUCAAUUUCUCCCAAUUGGAUGAAAAGGUCAGAGCCGGUUACAAGGCUACCACUGCUGGAAAGUUUUCUGAUGCUCUUAAACAUUUCAUGUCAAUUCUGCACACAAUUCCACUGAUUGUGGUUGAAACAAGGAGAGAAGUUGAUGAAGUCAAGGAGUUGGUUAUUAUUGUAAAGGAAUAUGUUCUUAGUUUAAAAAUGGAACUCAAGAGGAGAGAACUGAGAGACAAUCCAGUACGUCAGCAGGAGCUUGCUGCUUAUUUCACUCAUUGUAACCUCCAGCCACCACACAUGAGACUUGCUCUGUUGAAUGCUAUGACUGUUUGCUACAAGGCACAAAAUCUGAGCACUGCAGCCAACUUUGCCCGACGACUUCUGGAGACCAAUCCAAGUAAUGAGAACCAAGCCAGAACAGCCCGCCAGGUUCUGCAGGCAGCUGAGAGGAACAUGACCGAUGCCACUCAACUGAACUACGACUUCAGAAAUCCUUUUGUGGUCUGUGGGGCCACAUUUGUCCCAAUUUACAGAGGACAGAAAGAUGUAACCUGCCCAUAUUGCACUGCACAUUUCGUUCCAUCUCAACAAGGUCAGCUCUGUGCUGUUUGUGACCUUGCAGAGAUUGAAUGUGAUGCAUCGGGCUUGCUGUGCUCUCCUUCGCAGAUCAGAUGAUACAGCUUCACUCAAUGCUUGUUUGUAGCCUUCACCAUCAGAGAAAUUAACUAAGUCAAUGGAUGGGUCUCCAGCUCGAGAAACUGAACAUAAGCAAAGUCUUUACUGGAUCACAUAUGUUCUAUAUCCGUCUUCCUUUGCCAACAUUAUCUGAAACUUCCACCUCGUCACUGUUUCGGGUUUUGAUCAUUACAGUUUUCUUUGUAAUAAAGCCAUCAAAGAUUUUUCGCUUCAACCAUUCUUAUGCCGUCUGGGAAUUUAGUGUGCCUGCCUAAAUGCGCCUAUGUCGUCGCCUUCUGUUCUUUAGAGUAUGUUUGUUAUUUUUUGCAGUUGUAAUAGACAUUUUUUCCUACCAUAUUCACUCUAUUUAAUUUUAGUACAACUAUCUCACUAA